ACCCGGACCAAACUGACACUGAAUACCUGUGUCAGCUGUGAGGAGUGGUCUCCUCUUUCGUUCCCUCUGUUUAUCAAAUUUUAGACCCCUCUUGGGCUUCAGCAGUUGCUUCAAAUUAAUCAUGAACAAGGGAGGUACAGGAGGUGGUGGUGGUGGUCCCACAGCUGCAGCUGCGCUUGCUGCUGCUCAAAAGCAGAAGACUUUGCAACAGAAAGUUGACAAUGACAUUGGAAAUAUUGUUGACAAUUUCAGUUUCAUCGUCAAUGUUGCCCGGGUUAAUGAUCCACCUGUCAGAAAUUCACAAGAAGCUUUCAUGAUGGAGAUGCGUGCAUCCAGAAUGGUUCAGGCAGCCGAUUCAUUGCUUAAAUUGGUGUCAGAGUUGAAGCAAACAGCCAUCUUUUCAGGGUUUGCGACCCUUAAUGAUCAUGUAGAGCAAAGAACAGAGGAACUAAACCAGCUGGCAGACAAAACAGAUGGCAUGUUGGCCAGAAUCGGAGAGGAUGCUGCUGCUAGUCUUACGGAGCUUGAAUCUCACUAUUAUUCGUCUGUUAGGACAAGCCAAAUUGACACCAUGUAAUAGCUUUUAUUGAAGACAUUGUGUAGUCUUGAAUGACAUGUAAGCAGGUUGCAUUUCGAUAUUUGUACCAGUGAGGCUGAUGUCAAUAUCAUCCUCCUCCUUGUAUAUUUAAAUAUUGUAUUUUGAUAAUAUAAUAUUAAAAUAAUAUGUUAUGUUA